UAGCUAGGAGACAAGGGGCUGGCCCCAAGCCCAGGGACAGUCGGGCCUUAUAAAGCGCCGGCAAUCAGGGCCCAGCAUGCUCCCCCAGAGCCCACACCCUCUGCUGUCCCCCUGCCCGCCUGGCCAGGGCCCGGCCGCCCGCCGUGGAUGAGCCACAGGACCUCCUCCACCUUCAGAGCGGAGAGAAGCUUCCAUUCCUCCUCCUCGUCCUCCUCAUCCUCCUCCUCCUCAGCCUCCCGUGCCCUCCCAGCCCAGGACCCGCCCAUGGAGAAAGCCUUGAGUAUGUUUUCCGAGGAUUUUGGCAGCUUCAUGAGGCCCCACUCAGAGCCCCGGGCCUUCCCAGCCCGUUCCGGGGGGCCGGGCAACAUCAAGACCCUCGGGGACGCCUAUGAGUUUGCAGUGGAUGUGAGUGACUUCUCACCUGAAGACAUCAUUGUCACCACGUCCAACAACCACAUCGAGGUGCGGGCUGAGAAGCUGGCAGCCGACGGCACAGUCAUGAACACCUUCGCUCACAAGUGCCAGCUGCCCGAGGACGUGGACCCCACUUCCGUGACCUCAGCCCUGAGGGAAGACGGCAGCCUCACCAUCCGGGCCCGGCGUCACCCACACACGGAGCACGUCCAGCAGACCUUCCGGACAGAGAUAAAAAUCUGAGGGCCUCCCCUUUCCUGUCCCCCCCACUCCCCCCCUUCUCCCCCACUGGCCUGCCAGAGACAUCUUCCUCACCUCUCAUGACAGCUUGCAGAACAUCUCAGCUCAAGUUCCAGGCCCUGACACCAUCAGACCCCAGGUGGGUCAACCCCACCCCCUGCAACUGAGGCCUUCUGCCUCACCUGUGGCCUCCAGAUUCCAGAUGUGGCCUCUUUCCCUUAAUCCAGAAUAAAGGGAUUGAGAUUGGAAAGGGAGACCCCAAAGAACCCACUUUGGGGAAGGGGUCUGGGACAGGCAGGAGCACUAGGCAAAUAAUCUGCAGGUCAGACAGAUGGACAACUCCUUUGAUCUAUGGAGUCCCUGCGGGGGACAGGGACCUGGGACCCCCUUGGCCAAGGGGAGCGGGCGAGGAAGAGGCGGAUAUUAGCGGAGGUGCUGAUCCCGGUCGGACAGCCCAGGGGAACCACAGGGGGCGGCCGUGGCGGGAACCCUCUUCUCUGCCACUCCCCGAGCCCCAAACCAGCUGCCAGGCUCCCUGCUACCCGGUGUCCCCACCCACCAGCUGUGCCAGGGCAGGGCCACACGACGUCUGUACAUAGAUGGGGUUUUUCCGAUACAGAGGGUUCAGGAUGAAACUGCAACACUUCUGCCCUCGGUUACCUGCUGUGCCCUCAGGCGCGCCGGGCAGAGGGGUGGGGCUGGUCCCUCCUCCCACCUGGAGACCUGGGCUCCCGGGGCUGCUUCCGCAGACAGGUCCCCCAGAUGAGGUGAGAGAGAGAACAUGGAUGGGGCCUUGGGUCUUCAAGGUUGGACCCCGGCUUCUUGCCAACCUUCCCCCGCGGCCAGUCACCUCCCCCCCAACCCUGCCCCUUCUUCAAUCAAUGAAUCUAUAAGGCUUGGUGCGUGUACAUACCACACGCCCGCCUAUUGUCCUGUCCUUCAAAUACUGAGCAUGACCAUUGGUUGAGGCUGAAUGCAGAACAUUCUAAAAUCAGAUUUUACAAUCUCUAUUUUUAUCAAUGGGGAAACUGAGUCUCUGAGUGGUUGAAUGCCCACCUUACUCAUUAAAGGUUGGAUUUGAACCCAG